AGUACUCUACAAAGACUCCACUGUAUUUUUAUAUUUAAAUAAAACAACUUGAGGUCUUCCUAAGAGGCAGCACCUUCCACAUUUAGUGGAGAAGGAGAUGGAAGGAUCAGCAGUCUGGAUUUUCCUCAUCUUUCUUGUCUUGCAACAGUACAUUUCAGCUCAAGCUGCCAAAGAGAGCCAGCCCAAACUCCAGAAAUUGAAACAGAAUCGGAGGAAUCAGAAACUGAGUAACAACGAGGUACAGAAACUGCAUUCAGAUGUGACAGAGUGGACCUCCUGGUUCAAUAUCGACCACCCCAGCGGGCUUGGAGACUUCGAGCGGCUGGAAGCAAUCCGCUUCUAUUACCGGGAGCGGGUGUGCGCGCGGCCCACCUCCAUCGAGGCGCGCACCACCGACUGGGUGAAGGCGGACCAAACCGGGGAGGUGGUUCAUUACAGCCCCGACAAGGGCUUCUGGUGUGUGAACAAGGAGCAGCCACAGGGCAGGGUUUGCUCCAACUACCACAUUCGAUUCAAGUGCCCUCUAGAGGCCCUUUGGACAGAAUGGGGACCUUGGACUGCGUGUUCGGUCACCUGUGGCAGCGGGCAUACCCUACGCCACCGAAAUUGUGUCCAGACCUCAGACGGGCAGACUUGUGUUGGUCGAGCAAUUGAAGUUAAAAAAUGCGUUGAAUCGCCUUGCUCAGGUUGUCACCUGGUGUGCACGAUGGGCCGGGUAAAUGAAGACUGCAAUGGUUGCAUCUGUGACCAGCACAUCCUACUAGGGACAGUCCAUUCUACUGAUGGGUCACCUCUCAUUGGCAGCAGGAUAGCCAUGCCGGACCAACCCCUGGUGACGUUAACGACAACCAAUCAGACAGGUUCUUUCCGGAUCCCUGGAGUGUGUGCCCACACCAGAAACGUCGUGCUAGUCGAGCACAAAAAGUUUGCCCCUUCAGUAUUCCAAGCUGUUCAGAACAGUACAGAUGUUUCGGUGAUCAAGGCAAUCCUCACGCGAGUGGAAAGCCCUUACAUCGUGAAACAUCCAGAGAGUAAAGUGCGAUUUCAAGGUCAGCGGGUGACCUUCUGUUGCAAAGCCACAGGAGCUCCAAAACCACUCAAAUAUUUCUGGUAUCACAAUGGGACACUCCUUGACACUAAGAAUGAAAGUACUCUUGUGCUGAGGGACCUGAAGAGGUGGCAGGAAGGAGAAUAUUACUGUAAUGUUACCAAUGGGUUUGGUUUCAUCCGAUCAGCACCAGCAACCCUUACAAUUAUUGCCAAAGGACAGCCAAAGUGUAAGUCAGAACCAGUGGAGCACUUCAUCAGACUCCCCGAGAACUGCUUCCAAGCUGCCACCAAUUCCUUCUACUACAAUGUCAGGAAGUGUCCCAAUGUUGGUUGUGCUGGCAAUUUGAAAGAAGAGUUCCAGUGUAAGGACGGUACCAGCUACUGCUGCGGGGUGAAGCGGACAAAGUGGAAGGAGAUCGCUUGCCAGGGAUACACCCUCCCUGUCAAGGUGGUAACCAAGUGCGGCUGCAAGAGCUGCAUGGAGCCCAGAGUGUUGAUCCGAGGGCAGGCAGUGGCGGCGGAUAACGGGGAGCCCCUCCGGUUCGGACAGAUCUUCAUCGGGGGUGAGCUUGUCGGCCUGACUAGCUACAAGGGGACCUUCACCGUUCAGGUGCCCCAAGGGACAGAAAGGCUUGUUGUGCAGUUUGUGGACAGGCUGGGCAAGUUUGUGGACACCGUUAAAGUCUUGCCCUUUGACCGCAGGAGUGGUGCAGUGUACUACAUGGUUAAGCUGAUGCGAAAGUCAGAAACAAUUGAAGUUGACUCCCGUAAAGGCAUCACCAUACCUCUGGGGGAAAUGGAAGGGGAGGACACCAUUGGGGAGAUUGACAUUCCACCCGAUUCCUUCCGUAGAAGAAAUGGGGAGAGCUACAGUGGAAAGGUCAAAGCUAGUGUGACCUUUCUGGACCCCAGAAAUAUCAGUCUGGCCAUGUCGGCUUCGAGCGACCUCAGGUUUGUGGAUAGUGAGGGCAAUGUCCAGCCACUGAGGACUUACGGCAUGUUCUCGGCAGACUUCUGGGAGGAGCCAUCUAACCAGCCUCUGGAUGUUUCUGGAGCGCAGGUGUACCUGGACACAGCCAGCGUCAAGAUGCCAGAGCACAUUCAGAAGAUGAAGCUGUGGUCACUGAAUCCAGACACUGGUUUCUGGGAGGAGGAGAGCCUCUUCCACAUUGAGAAGAAGAAGCGGAACAAGCGCGAGGAGAGGACGUUCCUGAUCGGCAAUAUAGAGAUCCGGGAGCGGCGGCUCUUCAACCUGGACGUUCCCGAGGGCAGGCGUUGCUAUGUUAAAGUUCGGGCCUACAUGAGUGAGAAGUUUCUGCCUGGAGAGCAGCUGGAGGGAGCGGUGAUUUCCCUGAUUAAUCUGGAGCCACUGCCCGGUUAUAAGGCCAACCCUCGGGCUUGGGGGCGUUUUGACAGUGUCAUAACCGGGCCCAAUGGAGCCUGCCUCCCUGCCUUCUGUGAUGCUGACCGGCCGGAUGCCUACACUGCUUACGUCACGGCCACUCUUGGCGCCGAGGAGCUGGAAGCCGCUGCCUCAAGUCCUAAGAUGAACCCCAAUGUGAUUGGAGUAUCUCAGCCCUUCCUGGGCAAACUGGACUACAGGAGGACCGACCAUGAUGACAAGCAGCUGAAGAAGACGGCCUUUAGAAUCAACCUCCCCAAGCCCAAUGCAAACAACAUUGAUGAAGCUGAUGGGCCCAUAUACGCAUAUCAGAACAUGAAGGACUGCGAGAACGCCCCCAUCUCGGCCAACCACUUCAGGUUUUACAAAGUGGAGAAGGACAAGUAUGAAUACAACGUGGUUCCCUUUGAGGAGAAUGACUUGACCAGCUGGACCGGUGACCACCUCGCCUGGUGGCCAAACCCACAAGAGUUCCGUGCCUGCUACAUCAAGGUCAAGGUGAAUGGACCAGUGGAGGUCAUGGUGAGGUCGCGAAACUACGGCGGCACUCACCCAGAGACGACGGGGCAGCUCUACGGCAUCCGUGACGCCCGCAGUGUCCACGACCUGGUCAGGGCGAAUGUUUCGUCGACUUGCAUCGAGUUCAAGUGUAGCGGCAUGCUGUUCGACCAAAGCGCAGUGGACCGCACCCUCGUGACACUGAUACCCCAGGGUAACUGCCGCCGAACUGCAAUUAACAGCCUGUUGCAGGAGUACCUGCACAGACACCCGCCAUCGGCCGUGAACAAUGACACGUCAGCAUUUAGCAUGCUGGCUCCCGUCGACCCUUUGGGCCACAAUUACGGCAUCUACACCGUGACGGAUCAGAACCCCAGGGUGGCCAAGGAGAUCGCCAUUGGCCGCUGCUUUGACGGCACCUCUGAUGGCUUUUCCCGAGAGAUGAAGGUGGACAUAGGCAACGCCCUGACCUUCAGCUGUCAGGAGAAACCCGUGACCCGCCAGAGUCUCUUCCAGCGCCUCCAGAACUCUCCGAGUCAGACCAUAGCAGAAAUUGGGGCGGAAAUGAGGAGGAUGGUCCAAACACGACCCAUGCAGUCACGGAUUGUGCCCUAUCCCUCGGGGCAAAGGAAUCGCAGGAUCCGCGGCAAUGAUCAGAGGAGCAGAGAAGCCCGGCAGUAGACAGCAUGGACUUUCCUUGACCCUGAAUUGGCAGCUCUGUUGUAAAAUCUGUACAUACUGAACUCUAUAGUGACUGCAGCCUGUUUUCUAUGUGACUUUUUAUAUAUUUUGAGUCAAGAAGUGAAGAAUUCUACAACAGUAGACACAAUCAAGGAAGAUCACACCCAAUUCUGAAACGUGGACCCUUCAUUGUGAUACCUCUCUGGCUGAAGUUUCAUCCCUUCCCUUCUGGGAUCCUGGUCUGAAUAAGAGCAUAAACUGAUGGGCUGGGGGUUUUUGAUUCAAGAUUCAAGAUGUCAUUUCCUGUACACAAGUGUAAAGUAGAACAAGAUAAUAAUUGCUACUCCAAAUCUGAUGCAGCACAAAAAAAUCCCACAAAAGAUAAAGAACACAGUAAUAAUAUUUAAAAAACACAAUAAAUAUAAAUACAUAAGAUAGCUUAUAAACAGAUUGAUUGUAUUUUCAUAAAGUGACACUAGGCACAGGGGUGUCUGUACGUGAGGUGACUGAAGCAAAUGAUAAAGUAGUGGUGUUUGGGGGUGUAGAGGAGUGAGUUAGUGGGUGGAGGUGUUGAUCAGCCUUACUGCUUGGGGAAAGUAAUUGUUUCCGAGUCUGGUGGCCCUGAUGUGGAUGCUACGUAGCCUCCUCCCUGAUGGGAGCAGGACAAGCAGUCCGUGAGCAGGGUGGUUGGGAGCCCCUUCAUGAUAUUACUGGCCCAUUCCUGGCAGCUUCUUGUAUAUACUGCCCUUGAUGGUGGGUAGGCUGGUGCCAGUGAUGCGUUGGGCAGUUUUGACUACCCGCCGUAGAGCCUUCCUGUCUGCCGUGGUGCAGUUUCCGUAUCAGGCAGAGACGCACUUUGUUAGGAUGCUUUCUCCCGUGCACUGUAGAAUGACAUGAGUGUGGAUGUACAUACUCCAGCUCUCCUCAGCCAUCUCAGAGCUUUCUGGACUGUGUACGGUGUGUUCUGGGACCAUGAGAGUUUGUGUGUGAUGUGGUCUCCCACGAGUUUGAAGCUGCUCGCAGUUUCCACCGCUGUGCUGCCGAUGUAAAGAGGGGUGUGAGUGGAGCGAGUUCUCCUGAAGUCGAUAACCAUCUCCUUUGCCUUCUUAACAUUAAGGCAGAGGCUGUCUGCCUGGCAGUAGUCCUCAAGCUCUUCCACCUCCUCUCUGUGGGCCGUCUCAUUGUUGUUGGGGAUCAGCCCCACCAGUGUCGUGUCAAUGUGACAACGCUAUGGCGUCUGUCAGUAAGCAUACUCGCGAAUGUCCAGUGUGGCAGGAAUAGAGUUUGUGAUGUGUGCCAUUAUCAGCCGUUCAAAGCACUUCAUGAUGAUUGGCGUCAGUGCCACUGGGCGGUGGUUGUUUAGUUCUGAAGGUGUAGGGUUCUUUGGUACAUGGAUGAUGGUGGCUGAUUUGAAGCACGUGGGGACAGCAGACUGGAUGAGUGAAGUGUUGAAGACGUCAGUGAGCUGGUGUGCACACUCCCCGAGUACUCAGCCAGGGAUGUUGUCUGGUCCAGCCGCCUUAUGGGGGUUGACUCUCUGCAGAGUCCUUCUCACAUCAGCUUCUAAUACAGACAGCGGCUGCUCACCUGGGAGGGGAGUAGCUUUCUUGGACGCCGUUGUGUUGCAUUCCUUGUUGUUUAGAGCGUCAGGGAGGUGUCACUGGUACAGUCUACGGUGUUUUUCCUGCAUAGUCAGUAAUGACCUCGAUAGCCAGCCAUAUACAUCAGAGUCUGUUAUCAGGCAGGUAUUCCUGAAUUUUUAGUGUGUAGGUAGUUGCCCUCUUGAUGCCUGAAAUGAGGUUUCUCCUGGCUAUUCCAGGAGUUGCUCUGCCACUGGACCUGACAGUAAUGUCCCGGGGUUUAAGUAGGGAGCGCACCUUUGCGUUCGGCCAGGGCUUCUGGGAUGACCCUUCCUGAGGUACCAACGCUGUCUACGAGCUUACUGAUGUAGCCGGUAACAGGCGAGACGUAUUCCUUGAGGUCUGAGUCUUCUCCGUUUGUGACGGGCUCCUUGAGCAUCGGCCAUACAGUGUGGGUCUUCUUGGCUGGCUUCUCCAUUUUCAGCAGAGGUCAGUACACUGGGACUAACAUUACGGAGACGUGGUCAAGAGGCCAAGAUGAGCGUGUGGGUUGGCUUUGUAUAAACAUGGUCCCGUCUGUUUGUUCCUCUGGUGACGUGUUGCUGGAAUUUGGGUAAAAUGUCCUGCAGGUUAACACGACUGAAGCCUCCUGUAAUUAUGAAGAGACUAGGUGGUCGCGGGUUUCUGCGUGACAUGAAGCCAGAGGGGAGGGAGUUAGAGAGAAUGUCUCAAGCUGCUCUGUGGUGGAGCUGACGCUGUAGCUCAGGACACGGUGGCACUGAUAGUUUCGCUCUGUUCAGUGGCUGGGCGUGGGGCUUAGUGCCUCUGCUGAGCUAUUGCAGAUGGAAUAUGGUUAGAGUGAUCUGGUGGUAUACUAAACAGUGGUACUGGAUUUAUGGCGGAGGUGUUCCCAACCUUUUUUAUGCCAUAGACUCCCACCAUCAGCGGACCCCAGGUUGGGAACCCUUGGCUUAAAGGAAGGCAGUCGAAAUCCUGCCACAGCAGUCAGAGCAUUCAAUCCCGUUUACUUCAAAACCUGUCAAUAAGUAAUGAGGAUCGAAAACAGCAACAAUCAAGCUGCCCAAAUAAAGGUAUAGAAUGAAACCUGUUAUCCUUCCCCGCCUUGUACCUGUGUGUAGCUCCUGAUUGAGAGACCAGGCUACUGCCCGUUCUGCCCCUGCCGUUUACGGCAGAAAUGAACGUCUUCCAUCUUUGGCACUGUUCGGGCUUCCAUUAGCGUGCCAGUAGCUUGUUUUUCACUUCUGCCAGCCACGCAAGUUCUGGGGGGAGACUCAGGAAUUCUGUCACACUCAGAUGUGUAGUGAUUCUUCGUUGCUGUUUCUGUUGAUAGCUUUGUUUCACCAGUCAGGGUUGUUAGCCCUGAGCUGAACCCCCAGCCCCCCUCCCCCCACAAACAUGGAGGACUGGUGGACAAGUGGCCACUACCCUUUGACCUGUUCGGCAUGGGUGAUCCUACCAAGGGCCAAAGCAUAAAGCUCUGACUCCAGCCAACAUAGCUCUCUGGGCUGUUGAGACGUGAGCCUUCAAACCCAACGCCAUGGCUGUGAUCCACUUGGAGGUACAACACUGAUGGCCAGAUGUAUUGGUGAGAAGGAUGGAUGGAUGGGGGGGGGGUGCAGAUUGUUUCAAUAAUAAGAAGUAAGGUUUCUUUUCAAGAUUCAUUGUAAAACUGAAGGGUACUGUGCUGAUGAAACUGUCCACUUUAGCUACAGAAAGACUAGAUACAAAGCAGAUUGUAUGUAAGAUAUUUCCUUUGUGAACUUACAAUAUAAGUUAAACUCAUCUGUGAUUAGCGCACAUCUUGGAACUGGUUUAUCAUUGCUGCAUGUACUAAGAUACAUUGAAAAGCUUGUCUUGCAGACUUUAUAGUGGCCAAAUCAUUACACAGUGCACUGAGGUAGAACAAGUUAAAACAAUAACGAUGUAAAAUGAAAUGUAACAGCCACAGAGGAAGAGCAGUGCAGUAAACAAUAAGAUACAAGAUCAUAAUGUAGUAGAUUAUGAGGUCUAGAGUCCACCUUAGGGUCCCAUUUAACAGUCUUACAACAGCUGGGUAGAAAUUGUCCUUGAGCCUGGUGGUACGAGCUUUCAGGCUUUUGUAUCUCCUGCCUGAUAGGAGAGGGGAGAAGAAAGAAUGUCUGGGAUGGGUGGGGUUUUGAUUACGGUGGCUGCUUUACUGAGGGUGGGAGAAGUAUAGACAGAGUAGGGGAGGCUAGUUUCCAUGAUGUGCUGAGCUGUGUGUACACAACUCAUGCAGCUUGUGGUCGCGUGCAAAGCAAUUCCAAUAAUAAGACGUAUGCAUCCAGAUAGGUGCAUCAAUUAAACCUGUAAGAGUAGAUGCGGACAUGCCAAAUUCCUUUCGCUUCCUAAGGAAGUGUAGGAACUGGCGAGCUGUUUUGGCCGUGAUGUCAACACGGUUGGACCGUGACAGGCAAUCGGUGAUGUUCACUCCCAGAAACCUGUGGCUCUCAACCCUCCCAACGUCAAUAACAAUCAGAUUACUCACAAGCACCAAUUUUGCUCCAGUAACGAGAAACACCCACCCCCCGGCGAAGGGAAUUUCCCCACUAUGACUGAAAAGCUGCUUCUUCUAGGCCGGUGAUACUGUGGUGGGUUACUUCAGAGCUAGAUCCACUAGGCUGGACAAACUUAGACAGCAUUCUCAAGAGUAUUGGAUAUUGAGGGAGCCUGACAGAAGUAUGUAAGAUUAUGAGGGGCAUAGAUAGGGUAGGUAGUCAGGGUGCUUUACCAGGGGUGUAAAUAAUCAAAUACUAGCUGGCAUAGAUUUAAGGUGAGAGCAGAAAUGUCCAAAGGAGGUUUUUUUACACACAGAGUGGUAGCUAUCUGGAAUGCACUCUCAGGGAAAAUGACUGAAGCAGAUAUGAUAGUAACCUUUAAGAAACAUUUGGCCAGACACAUGAACAGGCAGGAAAUGGUGGGAUUAGAGGGAUGUAGGUCAUGUGCAGGCAGAUGGGAUUAGUUGAAAUGUUCCUGGCUGGCACAUACGUAGAGGACUGACGGGCCUGUUCCUUUACUACGCUCUUCUAUGUUCCAGGUCCCAUAACAGUACAACAGAAGGGGCUUAGAGUCAUAGGAAAGUACAGCACAGAAUCAGGCCCUUUGGCCUGUCUAGUCCAUGCCAAACUAUUUAAACUGCUUACCAUCGACCUGCACCGGGACCACAGCCCUCCAUAUCCGUAACCUAUUCAAUCUUUCCUUAUGACUCAGAUCUUCCAGACCCGGCAACAUCCUUGUAACUUUCCUCUGUUCUCUUUCAACCUUAUUUACACCUUUCCUGUAGGUAGAUGACCGUAACUUCCUCAGCCCGGGUUUGUUGCAAACUCAUUCGCUGAGAUUAUUACAGUAAUUAGACAGCAACCUUGUUUUCAUAAUGUCAUGAUGGCAGAGUCUAACUAGAUAGGCUUUGGGGAUGUUCAUGUCAAACAAUUCCUUUGCUCCCAGCCAGUUCCUACUAGUGGAAAUCUGGAAGUAGCAUAUUGGACUCAGUAAAUAUUACUGAUACUUGUCAUAAAAAUCUGAAUCAUUUAAGUCCUUUAGGGAACAAAACCAGCCAUGGCUGACUUUUUGACUUCUAGCGAUUGCAUCAAAACACAACAAAUUGGAUUUAAUUACUGCCCUGAACAGAGUAAAACUUCUCACGAGCUUCGCCAGACUAUUAUCAAACCAAACUUGACACUGGGCCAAGUAAGGAACGAUUAAGACAGAUGACCAAUUGUUUGGUUAGAGAGAUGCUGUAGGCUUAAUGAGAGGAGGGAAAAUAAAUCAGAGAAGUCGAGGGAGGAAAUUUCAUAAUUUAGGCUUGGGUUCAUGAAGGAUCAGCCUCCAAAAAUGAACUGAUAGAAACUAGGGAUUUGCCAGGUGCCACUAAUGAAGGAGCCUGCACAUUUGGGAAGAUUGUAUGUCUCGGGGGUGCUUGAAUUAAAA